GUGAGUGUGAGUGUGUGAUCCGUAAGGUUCCCCGAUGGGGCGCUAGUGUGCGCGUUGGCGGCCCGCGCAUUGAGAUGAAAGCCGUAAUCAGGGCAUGGGACCAGUUUGACCUUGCUGGAUGCUUUAUUGAGUCUUCCUUUAGAGGGGUGCACAGCGUAAUCGGAGCCUCUGUUACCACAGGUUCUGAUCGUCGCAGUUGCCAGCUGCAGAUCCUUCACAUUACGCGAGACCAGCGAGACCUGAUGAUCGGUGUACUUGUGCGUCUCGCGACGGAGGCUACUAUCUUGCGCACAAUAUUAGAGAUCGAUCUGAGCUUGUUCGACAAGAGCGGAGGCGUCGCAGCUUGAACAGUGGCUGCGACGACUCACUCGCGCUGACAGUUGUUCACUUGGGCGCGAAAGCUUCGGUGGCUUGGGGUUCAUCGAGGGAGCGAGCAGCAAUCCACUCCGUUUGGGUCCGGCCCACCGCUGACUUUUGAUCGCCGUGGGUGGGAUGUUCUCGACGAAAAUUGUCCAGAAAUGAACCCGGUGAGAAUGUGCGUCGUUGAAGUGAGGACUGAGAAUAUCUCUCGAAAGCACAAGCCGCAAAGAAAGGUCGCCACCGACCCAUCCUUCUGAUUCACGUACACGGCUGGAAUUACCGAAGAAUUUAGACUACCGAUGGCCCACCUCCACAACACCCUAGAGAAUCGAUGAUGGGGUACGGCGCGCAUACGGGGCGCGAUCCUCGCUAAUGGGAACGCCGGACCGAAAUGGUAUUGCCUUGAGCGCGUGAUAGCUUCGAUCUUCCGGGGGAUGGACAGCAAUGACGGGAGUCUCUAGGAAUGCCAAUGGAAAUGGGCGUAGAUCGGAUAGGUUUCACCUGCAACUCGGUGCCCACUGCUUGCCCGUCAUUGUGACUGCAUUACAGAAGUUAGGGCCACCGAUAUCUUGUAUUUUCCUCUAUCUCGGCGGACAACACCAUCGCGGCGUGGGGCGCAGCGUGUAUGUGUG